AUGUUGAAACCCUACAUUCCCUUCCUCCUCCUCUUCUCCACCCUCCUCCUUCUCUCCCCCUCCACCGCCGAAAUCAAAUCCCUCACAAUCAACUCCGACACUCGCCCCAUGAUCCUCUUCGAAAAAUUCGGUUUCACCCACAAAGGCCACGUCAACAUCGCCGUCUCUUCCGUCUCCGUCGCCGUCCUCUCCUCCGCCUCCCAACCUGAAUCCUCCCGUCUCGGAUUCUUCCUCCUCAACGAAGAAACACUCCUUCAAGUCCUCAUCGAGAUCCAACAAAACCCUUCCUUCUGCGUCCUCGAUUCUCACUACAUUUUUCGUCUCUUCACCUUCCGUGACCUUUCACCUCCUCCAUCCGCUUCCUUCAACCGCUCUUACCCCGUUACCUCCCCUAACGAAUACAGUCUCUUCUUCGCUAAUUGCGCUCCUCAAACCUCCGUUUCCAUGGUCGUCCGCACCGAGAUUUUCAAUCUCGAUUCCGACGGUUCCAAGGACUAUCUCUCCGCCGGACAAACUCAACUCCCUUCACUGUUCUUCCUCUUCUUUCUCGCAUACCUAACUUUCUUCGUCUUCUGGGUUUACACUUGUUACACCAAUAAACAUUCCGUUCACAGAAUUCAUCUCUUAAUGGCGGUUUUGCUUCUCAUGAAAGCUUUGAAUCUUAUCUGUGCUGCAGAGGAUAAGCAUUAUGUUAAGGUCACUGGUUUACCUCAUGGAUGGGAUGUGUUGUUCUAUAUUUUCCAGUUCAUUCGUGUUGUUGUGUUGUUCACCGUUAUCGUUUUGAUUGGUACCGGUUGGUCUUUUCUUAAGCCGUUUUUGCAGGAUAGGGAAAAGAAGGUGUUGAUGAUUGUGAUCCCUCUUCAGGUUUUGGCUAAUUUGGCGUCUGUUGUGAUUGGUGAGACGGGUCCUUUUAUCAAAGAUUGGGUUACUUGGAAUCAGGUGUUUUUGCUUGUUGAUAUUAUUUGCUGUUGUGCUAUUAUUUUCCCUAUUGUUUGGUCCAUAAGAUCACUUAGGGAAACAUCGAAAACGGACGGAAAAGCCUCUAGGAAUCUUGCUAAGUUGACACUUUUUAGGCAGUUUUAUAUUGUUGUUAUCGGGUAUCUGUAUUUUACAAGGAUAGUUGUGUUUGCUUUGAGAACUAUUGCUGCUUAUAAGUAUCAAUGGGUGAGUAGUGCUGCUGAAGAAACUGCUAGUCUUGUUUUCUAUAUUGUUAUGUUCUACAUGUUUAGACCUGUGGAGAAAAAUGAGUACUUUGUUCUUGAUGAGGAGGAAGAGGAGGCUGCUGAAAUAGCUCUAAGGGAUGAAGAGUUUGAGCUUUGA